AUGUUUUACCCACCAUCAGGGUAUUAUGAGGAAUCCAAAUGUUUGGAACAUACCUUAACACCAGCAUCUGAUAUAAUUUGGAAAACUAUAAAAAAAAUAGAAAUAGCUGGAAAUGUAGUAAAUGUAGUAUCUAAUGUAUGUAUGGCUGGAGGGAUCAUUUUUCCAAAGUUUGCACCUUUAUUGGUACCAUCGGCAAUAAUAGGCAUAACUGCUAACAUGAUUACAGUAACCAGAUCAGUUGAGAAAAUAGUAGACUUAAAAAUGCAUAAAGAAAGUUUGACAAGUUCAUUAGGAUGCCAAUAUUUGUUGGAUUUAGUUAUUUCUUUACUGAGUACUGCAAACACUAUAGGCAAUGGAGUGAAAGUAGUCUCAGAAUUAAAAAUUUCAAAAAUGCUGUUUUCCAGAAUGGGAAAUACUACUAUAAAAACAUUAUCAACUAUUAAUAGUGGUGUAUGUGUCUUAGAUUCUUCUGUGGAAGCCAUGUCCUUGUCAAUGCAGAUUAAAAAUAGAAGAAAACUAAUAAUUAAGGACUUAAUGGCCUUACGUUUGGAUUUAUUUCUUGCUACUGGACAACUUUGGUCUCCACAGCGAUUCAAAUAUUUUUUUGAGGUAAGAAAAUAAUUAUCACUUUUAUAUUCAAUUUAACAAUUUUCUAAUUUUACAAAAACAUAAAUGUUACAAAAUCCUAAAACUUUAAUAUUCAAUCUUAUUUUAAAAUAAUUUUUCAAAUUUUAAUAUUACUUACAGUGAUCAAAGUAAUUCUAAAAAUUCUUUAUAUUGAAAUAUGUAUUAUGUUACAUCCUAUCAGCGAUAUUGCCCAAAUUAUGAAAUGNUUGGUAGACUAAUUAUAUGUUGAUCGCUAAAAUUAUAAUAAAUUACAUAUGAUUAGGGAACUGACUUUAAUGCCCUAAAAAAUAAGAAAAGUGUCCUAAAAAAAUAUGACAAUGCUAUAAUAUUAAACAUUGCACUAAAAAAAAAGGCCUAAAAGACUUUGAAAAUGUUUUUAAAUUCAAUAAAAGAACAAUUUUAAGAUGUUUUGUUUAUGUUUAAUAUUGUUAUAAUUUUUAACUUAACUGUAAUUUAUGAAACACAUCAAAAAAAAAAAAAAAGGAAUUGUCUAAAUGUCUUGUUUAUCCUUUACAUCUUGUACAUACUCUGUUGAUUACUUGUAAUCAACAGUUGUCUGAGAGUUUAGUUUUCAGCAUCUUUCACAAUACUAUUCGCACUAAGUACACUGAUGUACAACUGACCACUCUACAAGUACCUACUAUUCAGACACCAAUCAGUUGUGCAUUGGUGUUUGCUGUUAUCUCAUAUUGUAAUGUUAUCGAGGUUAUUUAUAAUCAGAUUACCUUUUUAUAGAAGAAAUUAUUGAUAUUUUUGAUAAUUUGAGAAUUACUUUUAGGCACAACCAGUCGUUCUUCAUAAAAGUGACUAAUUUUUAAACUUUUUAAAAUUCCAAGCAAAAAAUAUACAUAAAAAAUGACCUAAAAAUGCAAAAUAAAAAUUCUCUGAUGUAUGAAAUGAAUAUUGUACUUGGAAAGCAUUGCCUUGUAUCACCCACUAAAAAAUGUAUUUUACAUUAAAUUCCUGUCCCUACUUAUGACACUGUUACUUUAAUUUUUUUUUUUCAUAUUACAGAGAUAUUAUACAAAUUCUUCUCUCAAAAUAUUGGUUUAUAAAUUUGUGAAAAAAAAAAAACCAAUACAAUAUCAGCCAUCCAGAUGUCCAUAUACAGAGUGAUUAAUCUAUUAUAAGGCACUAGUUAUCUCGGAAAGUAUUUCAUUUUUCCGAAAUUUGUUUUCUAGGAUAUUUAAGAAAAGCUGCUCUACAAUUUUAUAAUCAUGUUAUUUUUUGGCGCCCUUAUUUUUAGGUGUAAACUCACUUUCUACUUUUGACUUUCAAAUGGCAACUUAUAUUAAAUAUCCAUUAAUAGAUUGAAUAUUAGUUAAAAUAAAUUUUAGUGUUGAAAUUUUUGAUUUUCGUCAAUCCAUUUAUGAGAUAUUCCACUUUUAAGUUUUUGUUGGGGCAGAGUAGUGGUGAAUUAUUUACACACACACUUUAAAAUAAUGUUAUCAAAAAAUAACAUAAAUAAAAUUGUAGAGCAGCUUGAUUAUAAACCAAUCAAUGGGAAAAAAUAUGAGAAAUUCGGUACAAUUUUAAACAAAUAUUAUUAAAGAAAAUAUAUCAUGCCUAUUUAAUUAUUUUACCAUAAUAUGACAUAUAUAUUGUUGACAAAGUAUCACUAUCAACUGAACUCUGUUUAGAAUCGUUUUUUCAUACACAAUAUUUUAUUGUUGCUUACAGAUAUACAUUAAAUUACCUAUAA